AUGGCGUCUCUAUGCUGCGUCGCAUGCGCCAACCUUGUUCGCCCAGGAGCCCAUAGGAUCCUGUGUCCGCUGUGUAAACUUGAAUUGGAAACCCACGCACACAAACGCCAGGAAUUAAAAUGUCAGUCGUGCAUCCUAACAGAGCACUUCGCAGACGACAAGCAUAGCGCGGCCCACAAGAGCCUCAUCUUAAAGGCGUACGUCUCAAUGGAGCAAGCCCGGACCAAGGCGGAGGCUAGCCUGUACCUUGCAGAGAGCAAGAAGACGAGCAUCGAGGAGAAGAUCGAUCGCAACGAGCUUGACAGGUUUGGCAGAGUGGCCACGACGAUAGAACAGGCGCUCGAAGUCCAGAUCAGCAAGCUCGAAAAGAUCACCGAGGAGAACUUCCUGGCGUCCGAGCUGUGGGUGCGGAACAUGAAGGCCCGCCUGGCCUCCGUCUACCAGGGAUGCAUAGCAAGCAAUCAGGCAACGGUCGACUUCAUUGCCCAGAGGGCUGGAAACCUGGUCUUCAUGUCGACUGCGGCUGAGCUUCUCGCGUCCAUGGAGGAUCUCGCCACCAGACACAUGCACCAGCUUGCCAGCUCCUCCACUGAUCGCUCCGCACCAGCUGCCCAUGCUCCCACUGGCCCUCUUAUCUCGCUCAUCCGCCAGAAUGUCAUGGAUACGCUCUCGGCGUCUUUACCGCUGUUCAAGUCUCACCACAACAUCAAGGGCAUCCUAGACUCCGUCGCCCUAGCAAAGAAUAUAUACGUGGGCCACGCAGACCUAUUCAAAAUCCACAUUCUCAAGACUGGUCUGUACGUCUUGCCUGCCGCAUUGGUACUUCCCCCCAGAACAACCCUGGGCGGGGCUUCCAGCAGGGGCGGGACAGACGUCGCAGAGCAGAAGGCGCAGUGCAGGUUUGAGUCCCGCGUCACCCAGUCCCUUACCGCUAACAGGAAGCGUCGCUCUGUUGUGUACGGCACCGUCAUACUCACAGACAAUAGCACGAUCUUCAACCUUCACAUAAUAGGGAGAGUGUACGUCAUCGGAAGCAACGCGAACAUCAUCAACUGCACGAUCGAGUCCACGCCCGCCUACUCUUCAGAGUCCUUCACAGACCGGUACACGGGGCUACCCGGGUGUCCCAUAGCGUCAAGGGACCGCUCCAUGGCGUCGUCUGUCCCCCGGCUCCAGAAGCUGCUGAGGUCUUCGUCUCCCAACAACCUCUCGCUGGCAGCCAUCUCGCAGGCUCUAGAAAGAGUGGGGGUGACUCUAACUGCGGAUUCGCUGGCGCACUUGGAGCGUGAUCUUGCUACCAUUAACCCGUGUCUCGUCGUGACCAACAGGUCUACGAGUACGCUACUGAUUAAGUCCAGGAUUAACUCGAAUAGUUUGGCGAGCCUUCCAUUCAGUCUGUCGCACAAGCUUCCCGAGAGCGAAAGCAGCCUGUAUGUUGGGCCAAGGUGCCCCGUUCUUGUAUCCUCGGCGUCCCAGCUGUACAUUCAUGGCUCCUCUGUCUUCUGCACACAAAUCAACCCCCUCGCGAUGACCACGAGCUUUCGAACCGUGGCGUUAUCCCCCAUCUUAGAACUCGACACGCAAAGAAGCUUGAUGAACAGCGCUAUCAGUCGCACACAGGGCUUUGGCGGACAAGGCAGCAGACAUCCCAGGGAGUCCCGCAGCCUAGAGGCCGCCGAGGAGCCAGCCAAGAACCUUCCCUUCAUGCUCACGCCAGACAGGUUUCUCAGGGAUAGAGAGAUGAUUGUGAAGGGGUCCCUCAUUGUCGUCAAGGAGGGCUCCCAUCUAGCAAUGAGUGAUACUCACCUGUUCAACUCCUUUGUGGGGGUGUACACUUCCGAUGGCUCCGUCCACGCCAACACGUGCUUCAUCAAUAACUGCUGCGUGGGGGCGAUUGUGGCGAACGACGCAUACGAUGCGCGGUUUGUCUACACUGUGUUUAGCGAAAAUGGCAUUGGUGUCAUGAUGCACAGGCUCAGGAACACAUCAGCCCUCUACUUGUCGCGCUACGAGAUGAGCUCCGUCUGCGGGCUUGUCAUAUCCAACACGGCCAUAGACACGAACAUCAACUACAAGUACCGGGUGUCGGAGCAGAGAGCAGCCCCUGCUCCGGAAGCCCCUAGCCCAGCAGAGCAGGAGGAGGACAGCAUCAUUGGGGGAUCUCUAGUCUUCGACACAGUGCCCUCAUCUGUGGUGCAGUCCCAAUCAGGGGAGGCCACCGGAAAGCCCAUGUACGGUACCCUGUCUCUUCGGACGUCCCCCGUUCUAACAAAGUCCACUCACCUCACGAGCGCAACGAAGCUGCCGGAGCACCAUUGCAUCCUCGUGAGCAAAUGCGACUACCAAGCCUCGAACGUGUCCUCCCUUGCCAUUGUCGAGGAGCAUGCAGGCCACCACUCCAUCAACACUGCGAGCUGCAUACUGCUGCACAGGAACAGAAUCGAAGUGACUCAGAAGCGAGCUCCUAGGAGAUCCGUCAUUCUUCAGGGGGAAAACGUUUCACAGUGGUUCACUAGCAUUCCCGCGACAAACUGGAUUAUCCCCUCGGCAGACCCCGGGGAGUACAUAGAGAUAAUCCCGAGAGGGACCGACCUGGCGCAGAUUCUGUCAACAAAUCUAGUCAGCAAUACGGCGACAAUCUAG